AUGACAACCUACAACUACAAAAUUACUUGUCCUCUCCUAUUGCGUGUAUUUGGAUAUAGUCGAGAGGCUGUGAGGGUGAAAGUUAAGAAAUGCGAGGGUAAUCAACCACCAGAACUUAGAAAGUUCAGCGUAGAUCCGCAAAUAACAUCUUUCGAAGUUCUCCAAAGCAUUUUAGCUAAAGCCUUCGAUAUCAAGGGGGAUUUUACUGUUUGUUUUCGCAUUUACGAUAUAAAUGGCUAUGAAACGUACAUGCCCAUUCUCUCAGAUUGGGAUCUUGACGCUGCAUUUUUAAAAGCUCAUAAUGCAUCUGUAGCAACUAACACAGAACCUUGUCUCUCAUUAAAAGUAGAUCUGAAGCCGUUUGAAGAAAGCUCCGAUGAUUGGGAUGUCAAACAGAAUAUUUCUAUUAUUACUCAGAUUAGAACGGUCACAAGUCAAGAAGCUAAACCAGCGCCCAGGUUACACGGAAUAUUCAAUCAAGUGGGAAAAACACUGAACCUGGUGCAAAGGGCAUUCAAUUUCGGCGAAGACGGUAGCACAGCUUUACAGCCACCGAGACAACCGCUGUCCGAUGCGGAAUUUCGGAGGUUUUUGGACCCAGUAGGACAGAUAGUUUAUGCAAAAGAAUUAAGAUCGGUCAUUUAUUUCGGGGGAAUCGAUCCAAGUUUAAGGAAAGUCGUGUGGAAGCACUUAUUGAACGUAUAUCCGGACGGUAUGACCGGCAAAGAGAGAAUGGAUUACAUAAAGAAAAAGGCGAUGGAGUACUUGAAUCUCAGAGAAACCUGGAAGACUGCAAUUGCUCAAGGACAAGUAGUGGGCGAAUUGGCCUACACCACCAGUAUGGUGAGAAAGGACGUAUUGAGAACUGACAGACAUCAUCCUUUUUACGCCGGCAGCGACGAUAAUCAAAAUAUCGCUUCGUUAUUCAACAUACUCACCACGUACGCGUUGAAUCAUCCCAAAGUGAGCUAUUGUCAAGGAAUGAGCGACUUGGCGUCGCCUCUGUUGGUCACUAUGAACGAUGAGGCUCACGCCUACAUUUGUUUUUGCGCUCUAAUGCAAAGGCUCUGCACGAAUUUCAUGAUAGACGGCAUCGCGAUGACGCAGAAGUUUUCCCAUUUGGCCGAAGGGAUUUUGUAUUACGAUCCGGAGUUUUAUAACUACUUGAAAAUUCACCAGGCGGACGAUUUGCUCUUCUGUUAUCGCUGGCUGCUUCUGGAAAUGAAGCGCGAGUUUGCCUUCGAGGAUUCGUUGCAAAUGCUCGAGGUUCUUUGGAGUUCCCUGCCGGCGGAUUAUCCGGAGAAAGAACUGAAACUUUUCGAUACGUUGUUCCAAGCUCCCGCCAUAUCAACACCUCCUAUAAGUCCGCUGGUUAAAACUCCGAGGGAGAAUGCUUAUACGAAAAUGAUAGCGCUCAGACGGCAAAGCUCGUCGAUAUCACUAAACAGUUACAAUAAUUCGAAGAAGAGCGGUAAAGUCAAGAGGCAGAAUCACAGUUUAGACGAAAGCGUGAGCGUUAAUAAACCUGUACCGGUCGUUAAAACUAAAUUUCAAAGUUUGGACGACGCCGCCCUUCAGACAGUCAGCGACGCCGGCGCGAAAAACGGGGAAUUCUUCCCGAAAACCGGAGGCGCGUCGCCUCAAAACGGCGAAAUGUCGCCCAAAAACCCCGACUUAUCGCCCAAAUCUUCCGAUUUCUCGCCCAAAACUUCCGACGCUUCGAAUUCGUUGAAAUCCGAGCUGAGACCGCGCUCUAUCUCUCCGUUGGAACAGAAAUCCGAUUCCGUUGUGCUCAAUAAUCGAAUAAACAAAAAUCAAUUUACCAGCGGCAACGCAGCGAGUCUUUCUUCGAGCAUGACGAGUCUCAUUAGGAUUUCGAAGAAGCCCGGUCACUUCAAGGAUUUGAAGGACAAAUUGUUCUCUUCGUUAGAUAAAUUAGAUGGUGCUCAACCGAUUAAGGAGGAGGAAGAGAAUCGACCACGAAAGGGUCGACUCGUGAAAAAUUUAAACGAGUUUCUAUCAUUGAGCAGUGCUGCGAAAAUCGAGACAUCAGAUAAUCCGAAAAUAAUGUUAACGAAGUCGAGUUUGGACGAUUCCGAGAGUUCCAGUAUAUCACGUCAAUUUUCUUCAACUUCCAAUAGCGGCGACGAUACGAGUCCCGAUGAUUCCCAAGAAUAUUUCCCACUAACUACAUCGGUUACGAGUAAAUUGAAAUUGGAUUUGGAAAAUUUGGAUCGUACGGUUUUCGGGGAUAAAUUCGUGAACGGCACGUCGGAUUCCCUCAGCGAAAACGACAGCACAGUGACCAAAGAUUUGAAGGAAAUCCAAGCUAAGAGGAAAAGCGACGAUGUGUAUUUAUGGGAAAAUCCCUUGCUCGAGAAUGCUACAAAGUUGACGCCUCACACCCCCGACGAGCAAGCGGAUAUCGAUUACGAUUCGCCCGAGCCGAUUAAUCCCACUCCAGAGACAAAUGCUCCCGUAAUAAACGAGACUGAAGCGAAACCGAAACCUGUAGAGAAUCCAUCGAACGGUGCUGUUCCUACGAUGACUAAUUCCUGCGAGGAAGUCACUGAAAGCGCGAAAUCAUCUCUGUUGCCGCCUCCCAACGAAUUCGGCGGCGGCAACCCGUUCUUAAUGUUUCUGUGCAUUACCCUGCUUAUGCAACAUAGAGAUCAUAUCAUAACGAAAGCGAUGGAUUACAACGAAAUGGCCAUGCAUUUCGAUAAAAUGGUUAGGAAACACAACGUGACCAAAGUUCUGCACCAGGCGAGGCAAAUGUACGCUAGGUACAUGAAACAGCAUACUAUGGCCCAGCAGAGGCUCGACGCAAAAAAUAAUGAGGAUUGUUAG